AUGACUAGUCAAUCGUUGAGGUUCCAAGAACUAUUACAAGGUGGUAUUGACACAGCAACUCACGUGAUCAAACAGGAGACAAGAAACGUGUAUGAAUCUUAUUUUAAGAAGUUCUGUGAAUUCUGUAUCGCCAACGAGUAUCCUGAUCCAGCAGUGACGCGUCAUCACGAACUGCCUUCCCUUUUGGUUCCGUUUAUGGAGAGUGUAUCCGCGUCCAGUACCGUUUCCAAUCAAACUGCAGAGAAGGUCAGAGCUGCGGUCGCGAACUUUUAUGGCAGUUACGAGCGCAGAGACGCCGCAGGACCGGACAAGUGGAUGGUAAUGACAGACGACAGGGGCAACAAAUUUGGCCUUGGUAAUCCUGCAAAGGAUGCGUUCGUUCGCCAAUUCAUGUGGGGCCUCAAGAAACGAAAGAACAAGGAAUUUACGCAGCGCCAAGCUACGCCUAUUUCUUUGGAUGCUCUGUGUGCUUCAUUUUCACUUGACACAUACGUCAGGAUUCACAGAGGCAAGCCGUUUGUGUGGAAGAAUAUCACCCUGGACCUGGCUCGCCCAAGUGCGUCUGAUCCGACUUCGACAAUUGGCUACGGCGUCUACAAACUGGGAAAGACGGAGGUCGCUAAAGGUCGCUACAACCGUCAUUGUUUAGAUGAAUGCGAGAGUCCAAUGGAUGUUUUAGCUCACUUAAAGAAAUGGAUUGAGUACGUUAAUACGAAGACCGACCACAAGUGGAGCGAUAACGACUACGUUUUCCCAGCAUUGUCCAAAAUUGCGAAGAGUGCUAUCAAGACUGAUGACCCUCAUACAGGGUGCGAGAACGUACGUGAGGAAUGGAGUAAGAAAAUGUCUGAGCAGUCUUUCAUCACGCUAUUGAAUUGUGUCGUGAGAGAUCUCAACCGCAAUGGAACAUCUGUGUCCGGAUACGUUCGCCACUUCGAAAAACGUCUGAAAACUGUUGAGUGUUCGGUUAAAGCUCUUGAAGACAAGAUCGAUUUACUCAUCUCGGUACUUCGGCCAUCAGAAAUCUCAACACCAUCUGCAGCAGCUUCACACAGCAGCAUCGACGAAUUGGAGCAGAUAUCUAUUCUGCCGCCAGCUAAAGCCUGGCGGGCUUUGUAUCGAAUGUACUGGAAAGCUGACCCAUCUCGUCAUCUAUUCAAGCCGAUUUGUGAAUGGACACCACAGGAAAGAAAGAAAAGCGGAUCCCUUCCCAGUCGCCUCAGUGUUGCAAAGCUGAUAGCGGAAGAUGUUGUUGAUUUUGCUCUUCAAAAGAGAAUUCCGGCUCCAAGGGACGUCUCAGAGGCCACAUUAUCGAUGCAUGCAGCUUACUACGUCGAUAAUUGGAUGAAAGAUGCAGCGAAUACCAACCUGAGUGCGCUCGCUAUCGACACGCUGGGACGAUAUAUCAGGCUUGAUAAGAAACGCCGACUCGUGAAAGCUCAGCAUGCUUACAUGAACAGAUAA